AUUUAGCAGUACGGGUGCUACUUUCUUUGUUCUUAGUUUUUUCUGAGAGCGUAUUCGCUUGUUCUCACCCAUCUAGGGCUUUUCCAAUUAGCAGUGCAUAAAUUGAGAGAGAGAGAGAGAAAUUGAGAGAGAGAGAGUGCGUGUGUGUGUGUGUUAUCAUAUUAUUAUUGUUGUUAUUAUCUUUUUUAGGGCUGGAGGAUUGUAAUUGUAACCGGUAAAUGGUGAGAACCUCGAAGAGCCGUCAGGAAGACGACGAUUUUGACGAUGAAGAAUUCGCUUCCUCUACUCCUGAAAAUUCCUCUCAAAAAGUGAAAGUGGAGGGAAAGGGUAAUGAUCAGAAGGUCAAUGCUCUGCGGUCGAAGCAUUCCGAGACAGAACAGCGGCGGAGAAGCAAAAUUAACGAGAGAUUCCAAAUUUUAAGAGAUAUCAUCCCUGAAAAUGAUCAGAAGCGGGAUAAAGCUUCAUUCUUGCUGGAGGUUAUACAGUAUAUCCAGUUCUUACAGGAGAGGAUACAGAUGUACGAAGAAACAUACCAAGGUUGGAAUCAGGAGCCAUCAAAGUUGAUACCUUGGAGAAGCAAUUCUGGGCUAGUUGAGAAUUUUGUUGAUCAACCACUGCUCAUGAGGAAUGGUUCUGGUCACGAAGACAACAUCAUUGUCUCUCCAACUUUGCUUUCUAAUGCCCAGACGGCAAUGGAUUCUGAGUUGAAUGGUGCUCCUCCAUGCACUCCUACAGAUCAUCCCCAACAGUCAGGAAAUGAAGAAAAUUCUUCAAAUUUGCUAGUGCAGCCAAAUUUGUUUCAUGUUGGGUCUACCGAACCUCCUCAGGGAUCUUUUCCUGACCCUGAACAUUUGGCUACUCACUCCCCUUCCGAAUACUGGCAAGGCAAAUUGAGUGCAUCCGAAUGCGCUGUUCCAAGCUACGAAACUAGCCAGCGAGAACAGCUGCACCCGGAUAGUGGAGAAGCUAGUAUCUCAAAUGUUUACUCUCAAGGGUUGUUGAAUACCCUUAAGCAUGCACUCCAAUCCUCUGGGGUGGAUUUGUCCCAGGUCAACAUCUCAGUGCAACUUGAUGUGGGUAAAAGAACCAAUGAAGGAACUGCUACUACAGUCAUUAGAGAGGGUGGUUGUACUAGCUGCAGAGGUAGCAUUGACAGUUAAGAUUGUGCUAAUAAAUAGCUGAAAGUGGAUCAAGGUUAGAGUGUCACCAUCACUAUUCAUUUUUUAUUAUCUCUGAGAAUAUGGAAAGUUGCCUUGAUUUCCAGCAUUCACUCGUCUUCUGAUGGGAGUGGGUAAACAAGAGGGGGUGAUCAAGAGUUUCCUCCAUAUGGGGACUUGUAAAUUUUUUUUGGUCUUUGAUUUUGGAUAGAGGCUUCCAUUUAAGUAUGAGAAGCUGCCUUAUUUUACAGGAAGUUAUUGAAUUAAACCUCUUGCUCCCGAACCUUAUUAUCUCUCUCUCUUGUUAUUUGGGUUCUUACGGGUAGCAAUUUUCAUCAGCUUCAGCAGAUUUUUUUUUUUUUUUUGGUUGUCUCAUUUCCUGGGAGAAAGGCAAUGAGUUUCAUCUUUUGAUUGGAAUACGUAGGGAAGAAUUGGUAUAAAACUCCUUUAUUCGAAUA